CCCCCCAGCAGGUUCUGGGCGUACAGACUCUCCUCGUGGGCCCCCCAGCAGGUUCUGGGCGUACAGACUCUCCUUUUGGGCCCCCCAGCAGGUUCUGGGCGUACAGACUCUCCUUGUGGGCCCCCCAGCAGGUUCUGGGUGUACAGACUCUCCUCGCGGGGCCCCCAGCAGGUUCUGGGUGUACAGACUCUCCUCGUGGUUCCCCCAGCAGGUUCUGGGUGUACAGACUCUCCUUGUGGGCCCCCCAGCAGGUUCUGGGUGUACAGACUCUCCUUGUGGUUCCCCCAGCAGGUUCUGGGUGUACAGACUCUCCUUGUGGGCCCCCCAGCAGGUUCUGGGCGUACAGACUCUCCUCGCGGGCCCCCCAGCAGGUUCUGGGCGUAUAGACUCUCCUCGUGGGUCCCC